CAGUCUAUGUAUAAAGUUCCGAAGACGCGUAUAUAACUCGGUCACUGAAAAAGAGAGCGAGAGAGAGAGAGAGAGAGAGAGAGAGAGAGAGAGAGAGAGCGCGUGGACAAGCUCGUACGUGCAGUAUCCUGAAUUGAAACCGAAACGGUAUUCUCAUCUCCAGUGGAAAAAGACUAAAAAGAGCAUCCUCCGACGCGUUUCGUUUCCCUGAUCUGAUCUCUUUGAUCUGGGGUUUAACAUCGUCGAAUCACUCGCUGCGUUCGUCACGUUAACAUCCCCGCGAAACUUGUCUGCAGUUUCUCGGAGGAAACAUACGUGUCCGUUUCAUUUCGCGCCGCUUGCGAUCACGCUGCUGCUCACAGUGUGCACGCUCACGUAUUGAACGCGCGCGUGUUUCGCCACGUGCAAUUAUUAAUUUCAACUGAUUUCGACAUCGACGCGUGCACGAGGAUCGAAGACGAGCACGGACAAGUCCACGCCAAGAUACUGCAGGCGGUAAUAUAGUAUAACUAUAUAUAAAUUCGAGAGGCGCAAGUUUGCGAUCAUCUCCGAGAUCGAGUCGACUCUUCUCGUCGUUGCCUACGUACCACUACGUUACGUACAAAUGGAAAUGCAGUCGAAUCCGCGCGCGAAAGCCAGUUAUCACAAUAACAUGAGAAUAUUCCUUGUCUUCACCCUCGCCGUUACAUUGUGCUACCCAGCUCUCAUCGAUACGGCGGUGGUCCGUUCCGAGAAACAGUUGCAGCGGGUACUGUUACGAGACUUUACAAACGUCAGGAUUCCACGAGCUACAGAAGAUAGCGAUGAGGAAAACGCACCGAGACGAAUUUGUCAUAAUGCACCCUGUGGAUGGGCGGUCUACAAUCCGUAUACGCGUAACAUUGAGUAUUUCAUGAGAAACACUUGUGAAUGCCCGGAUGAAAGUUACAAGUGCGUGCGCGUUGGAGACGAUCUCUCCGCGAGUGCUUACGUCUACCGUUGCCGCCAAAAUACGACAGCGGAGGACAUCGAGUCUCCCUCUCCCGAUGACACUCUCUGAGACGAGGUCGGCAUUCUCUCGUCAUCGGUAUCUACUUGUACUACGUGUCAUCGUGUCACACCAAAUCUGCAGUUACCGCCAUCGUCGUCGUGAUCGUCUUCACGAUUCGUCACGACUCCAGCUCUUCGAGUUUCGAUAACAUCUUUGAUACACCGUACAUUUUGAAUGAAAGUGAUCACCGUUUUAUUACAAAGAAGAUUGUGAUCGAACGAUUGUUACUCGCGACCGUGCUAAAGUGAUCCUUAUUAUAUGUUUUGUCAGAAAGUUGGAAUUAUUACAUUACAGGUAUAAACGUACGGCACACUACUAUCAGGCGCGACAGCCUGGCCAUGCGAUAGUGCAGAAUACCCUUCUAAUUGUCCGAGUUGUUGGAUUAACAAUUUUACAAUUAGGAAUAAAUUUUUCAUACGAUACGUGUGCGCGCGCACAUACA